GCGGGCGGAGAUGGCGGCGGGCGCGGACGUGCCGUGCGCGGUUCUGGCGCUGCUCGUGCUCGGCUCGCUGGCGGCCGGCGGCGAUGCUACAGCUGGUUUUAUAAAGUCACCACUGUCUCAAAGGAGACUGACUCAGGACAGCGUCGAGUUGCACUGCGAGGCCGUUGGCAGCCCCAUCCCUGAGAUCCAGUGGUGGUUUGAGGGCAACGAGCCCAAUGAGACCUCUGCUCAGCUUUGGGAUGGCGCGUGGCAGGACCGGGUCCAAAUCAACGCCACCUACAACCUGCACUCUACCAGCACCAUCUACAUCGCAAACCUCACCAGCGACGACUCGGGCACUUAUGAGUGCAGGGCAAGCAACGACCCUGAUCGCAACCACUUGUCGAAGAGCCCUAAAGUCAAGUGGAUCCGCUCACAGGCCAACGUUCUGGUCAUCGAACGUCCGGUGAUCACAGGGCAGUACAGCAGCUCUGCUGACAAGGUGGUCCUCAGCUGUAACAUAAGUGCACCUCCCACCCUCAUCAAGGGUCACAAAUGGAUGCUGGGAGACAAGGUACUGAAGACAGACGAGAGCGAUGCAAGCUCUUACAUCAGUUACACGAUCGAGGGGAAGGUAGAAGAUCACUCUGGUGUCUAUGAAUGCAUCUACAACACAAACCCAGUGGCAAAAGGAAACGUGUCUAUAGAAGUUGAACCCCAAGUCGUAGCAUACAAGAAGUCUGAGCAUGGGAACGAGGGGGACGUGGGGGUGCUGACCUGCAAGAGUCCCUCCUACCCCCCUGUCGAUCACUGGGCCUGGUACAAAAGCGGUCAAACGGUGCCCCUUGAGAGUAGCGCUGGCAUCUACAACAUCUCACGCACUGGCAACAAGACAGAGCUUCGCAUUCUCAAACUGAACAUCGAGCAGGAUAUGGGUGACUACAGCUGCAAUGGCACCAACAUGAAGGGCUCUGGAAGUGCUACGGUGAAUCUGCGCGUCCGCAGCCGCCUGGCAGCUCUUUGGCCCUUCCUGGGUAUCGUGGCUGAAGUUCUGGUUCUCGUCACCAUCAUCUUCAUCUAUGAGAAGAGGAGGAAGCCAGAUGAGGUUCUUGAUGAUGACGAUGGAGGCUCUGCACCACUGAAAAGCAAUGCCACAAACCACAAGGACAAGAACGUCCGCCAGAGGAAUGCUAACUGAGCAGAGGUGACGUGGAGCUGAAGAACUUGUCUGGACAUUGUUUUCUUCUGAUUUUUUGGGGGGGGGUAAAAUAGCACCAGGAAAUGCUUAGCGUGUCCUUUGCCGUUCAGUUACUUCACUUUCUACAGGAAAUUAAGUUGUAGAAUCUAAAACACACCUUAUUUUUUUUUUUUUUGGAAAAAAAAAACACAAUAAAAGAGAGCUGUGGGAGGGUUUUUUUUUCUACCUGUAAGCGUAAAUCCCCUUUUUUUUUUUGGUAGUUUGGGUUGCUGUCAUAGAUGUAUUUCUUCAUGUUGAUAUGGAGGGGGUAGGUGGGGUGAUGCUUUCUUUCUCACCUUUGGGAAGAGCUGUGUGUGUGUUGGGUAGGAUUACUUUGCAAUGCCUCUGUGUGUGUGUGGGGAGCAGCAGCAUCACAGCUCCCUGUGUGCUGCAGGUCAGGAAGAAACUGCUGUAGUAACCUGUGGGGAUGACCUGAUCUCCCAAUGGGCUUAGGAAGGUAAUGCUGGGUCUUUCCCAGUGCAGAGUGUAGGUGCAUCUUUGCACGGCUUGGGAGCAACCUGCAUGGCUUGUAAUUGCUUCCUGGCCAGCUCCCCCAGGGAUGCUCUGGGUGGUUACAGUCAAGCAGGCAACCAGGAGGCAGCGUUAGAGCUGGGUGUUGGCUGAGCAAUGAGUAGCAAUAACUCAUUUAAUGAGUGGCUGCUGGUAUCUCAAGUUGCUACACUGGAGUAAGCAGAUGCUGGGGCUGUGGUGCUGGGGGAGGAGAGGGGUCUGCACUGUGUUCUGUUCACAUUUGGGUGACAAAGACUGAGAGCAGGUAAUGCUCAGAGGAUUCUUUAUUGCUGGGUAGCACUGAGCUGAUCCAUCUGUUAACACACUUCACGAAUAAAGAUGAUUCCUCUCUUUUUUUCCA